AAUGUGUUGAUUUUUAGGUCAGUGUUCCUUGUUCUAGCUUGUUCAAAACUGUGACUGUGCGAUGUGGGCACUGCACCAAUCUGCUGCCUGUCAACAUGCGUGGCUUGCUUUUGCCUUCCGCUAAUCAGUUUCAUCAGCUUGGCCACUCUUUCUUUUCUCCUUCCCAUAACAUUCUGGAAAACAUCCCAACGCCAAAUUCCAAUUAUCUCAUCAACCAGUUCGCAGCUACUAACACUUUUGGAAUGCCAUCUCGAGGAGUUGCUGAUGAGCUCCCUAGGCCACCAGUCAUCAACAGACCUCCGGAGAAGAGACAGAGAGUGCCCUCUGCAUACAACCGCUUCAUCAAAGAUGAGAUCCAACGCAUCAAGUCAGUGAAUCCGGAUAUAUCCCACAGAGAAGCCUUCAGUGCUGCUGCUAAGAAUUGGGCACACUUUCCACACAUUCAUUUUGGUCUCAUGCCCGACCAGACAGUGAAGAAGACAAAUAUCCGGCAGCAGGAGGGAGAUCAUGGGAGUGUUGUGAUGAAAGACAAUGGAUUCUACGCCGCCGCCUCACCCAACGUUGGUGUCUCCCAUUUCUAAAACAAAACAUGCCCCAAUGAAUGACACUGCUGCUUGCUUUUAUCAACCUCUUUUCUUUAUGUUUAUAUAUUAAAUACUCUCUCUUCCAUGUAUUUUCCCCUUACAUUCAGACUACUGUUUUAAUGUUAUGGUUAUGCCUAUAUUUCCCUCUCA